AUGCCAUCCAAAAUCGAGGUUUUCGACAACCUCGUCGAAAGCUACUCCAGAACUCCGGAGCAGGGGCUGAAAUAUUGCAAGAAAAAAUUGCAGAGAGAUCCAAGCAACAUCAUACACCUCCUUGCGCAGGCCUCAUUUCUACGGGACAUAGGGCGUCCUCAAGAUGCUCUCGCCAGUUGCGACGCUAUCAAACCAUCGCCGAAGGACCCUCUGGAGCCGGGUCUUAUCAUCUCGUUGCAAAAUAUCGUGAGAGAUUGCCAAGAAGAACUCGGGAAUUUUACAGGCGUCGGCGGCGCGAGACUGUCGUCUUUAUGGAAAGACGCACUCGACCAAUGUCCAAAGCAGUGGCUGAAAGACCUUCGGGGUGAGAUGCUGUCGUCUGCUUUGAGAAAUGGCUACUGGGAUAUUGCCCAGCAACUUUUUGCCCGUUUGCAAAGAGAACUACCACAAAAUUCAAAAUAUCACUUUGCAUGGAUUGCACUCUGUCAGAUCCAAGCGGACAAGCUCCCUAAAGAUGAUAAGAUGGGCCAGAGUUUGAAGUUGCUUGCCAGCAGGAGCCUCAGAGCAAUUGUUGAUAAUACCGCGGCCAGAAAAGACACGAUCAAGAAACUCACAGCGCCUGCAGAUCUACGCCUGCUAUGCCAGGUUUACUCUUGCCAAGGGCUUUUCGAGGAUCUGCUUGACGUACUCAACCAUCCGGAGAUGGGGAUCACGUCUCACGUUGGAAAGCAUGACGUUGAAUUUGUGCUCAUCAAAAUGGAUGUGCUUUGUAAACUUAAGCGGUGGCGCGAGCUUGAAGAUUUCUGUAUGGAAGGUCUUGAAAAACUCUGCUCGCACUACGAAGCUGCCGGAAAGAUCACGCAAGAUGUGCCGAAUCAUCUUGCAUGGGCCGUCUCGUGGCAACCCUGGAAAACGGCUUUGAAUGCAAUUGUCGAGGAUGGGUCCUCGGGUUCGCCAGAGGAUAUAUUCAAUCUAGCUCAAAAGUACUUAACCAUGGACCCGCAUCACCGUAACGCGGGAAAUGCGAUGGCGUUUUGUGACUAUUUAUCAAAAGUUGGAUCAUCGAAGCCCGAGGGUGGCGAGGACGAAAGAGUCUUGCUGCGUCGCGUCACAUCAAUGAUCAACUCCCUCAAACUUCGCUAUCUGCUAUAUAUUUCCCAGCUGGGAGAAGGCAGAGAGACUGAAGUCAUUGGCUUCAUAGCAGACUGUCUCAAUGUCUACCAGACCAUGGCUGAAAAGCAGGACGGGCCUAGUGACGAUGCUUGCAUCCUCGCGAUAGCUGGAUUGAUGAAACUGGGCUACACGAUCUCGAACACAUACAAUCUUCAAGCCGGAUGCUUAGCACAACUCCUUCGCGACAACUCACAAUACAACUUUAACGCGACGCUUUUACAACUCCUCAAUGCCCGAACUCUCGGCCUGGGUUCAAUUGCGAUUGCCGCAUUCCGUGACCUCAGCCUGCGCGAAGUUCAAUACGACACACUUGGCCAUCUGCUUUAUACACGUAUUUCAACCCUCCAUCCAUUUCCCGUCUCGUCAUCGGAUGUGAAGGCAUGGGAAGAUAGGUACAAAGAUCCAAAAGCGAGCAUUCGAUUUUCACUGUUGUGGCCUAGAUCUGCUACCGAUGCAACACUGACUACUUUGACUAAAGACCUUGAUAGCGUCUUCUUCGAUAAAUUCAACGAGUUCAUUGCUUUCAAUGCACGGAUCACGAAUUCGUACAGCACCACGAUGUCAGGGCUCGAGUUGAAGCGUAUAAAGCGCUUAACGGACGAUCUGCCAUUGUCGACCGAGAUUCCAAAAUCAUACUCAUUUGCAUUCUCUGACAAUAGGGAUUUUGCACCAAUUGUUGAUUUCGAAUCAUCGAAAUCUUCUUUGUCUUCCAAAACAAUUGCUACUGGGGGCUUCAAACCUGGGACAUACUGGGCCGUACGGAUGCAGGUCAAUGAGAUAAUAUCUGUGCUUCUGGGAUUGAAGUCGAGCGCCAUCAGCGACAAACAGAGCGAGAUCAUCGAUCAACUUCUGAAGUAUCUGGACGAGCAUGCCAGCUCUCAGGAGUCCGAGCUGACCGAGGACGAGAGAGAAAUUUCGCAGAAGUGGAAUAAACUUUUGUCCGUCGCUUUCUGGCUAGUCCUUGGACCUCAGAACUCUCACGCAUCUCGAAACAUCGCAAAAGACUUAGCAGCAUUGACGGAAUGCUUACAGGCUGCCUCCCUAGCAAUGCAAACACAGGGCAUGAAUGUCAGCCAUGACGAUGGACUUGAAUUCACGCACUUCAACGAGUUUGAAUGUUGGUACCUGCACCUCGAAUUUGCAAAAGCAUGUACCUUGUUCGCUGUCUCCGCGGCGGCGUUGGUGAAGCAAAAAGGCCAUCACGCCCAGAGUGCUAUCUCCAUGAAGGUCGUAGACGGAAUUAGAAGCAGCGCGAGAGCGCUUGGCGAGGCUGUCCAGAAACAGGCAAGAAGUCUGCAGAAAGUAUUAAAGACGGACGGUGGACAAAAAGUGCUAGACAUCAUUAAAGGUGGAGGUCUUGGAAGCGUCAUCGAAAGGCUAACAGGGGGCGAGCAACUGCGAAGAUAUGUAGAUGAUAUGGUUGCCAGUGCCGUCGAAGGACUUGACGGUGUGCUUAAGGUCAAAUUUGGGUGA